AUGGCUGGGUAUCAAGCAGUUAACAACCUUGAGGUACUGAAACAGCGCGAACACAGAACCGGACACGACACAAGCCGUUCCGCCGCCAACUCCAUCGGAUACAGUAGUCAAGAUGCCAUCACCAACGAGACAGGCCAGGCCGGACUGUCAGAUAAGUCUUGUCAAUGGAACUUGAACAUAAACGAAAGGCCAUUGCGAUCUCAAAAAGCAUUCGUCAUCCCACCACGGCAACAACAAAAUCGACAAUGGUGUUAUAGAAUCAGUCUGCCUGGAAUGAUCAUUCUCACCUUCGGCACGGGUGUCAUCCUGUUUUCUGUUGCGCUACUCAUCGUCCUUUGGCAGGGUGCUGACAAAGCGAGGAGCCGCCAUCACCGAGCCGAAUUCUGGGAUAAAAUUGUCUUUGAUGACUGGUCCACGCGACUUGUCACCAUUUGUUCUAUCACUAUUCAAGUGUCGAUGGGUUUCCAGAUUGGACUUGCAGCAGCGGCUAUGGCGGCUGUCAUACUAGAGACUACUGGCAGUUGCUUCUCUGACACGGCCAUGCUAUCGAUCUAG